AAUUUGGAAUUAUGCCGACAAAAUGGAACAACAUUUCUUUGAGUGCAGUUAUAAUAAAUCGCAGCCAACUUCAUCAUUCUACGCCGUUAAAUUUCUUCUCACACACCACGGAAAGAUAUUCCUCGAUAUCGCUAACACAGUGUCGAACCGAUGUCCAGAAUCUGGUGCACAUGAGUACAAUGGACCAUUGUAGAUCAAACAAUGCUCGAGUGUGGUUCACCAAGUGAAGCCCCGAAGAACCUUACCUUAGUGCAUGCAACGAAGAUUGUGCAAAAUUGUGCCUAAAAGGAAGCCUAAAAGUGAAAACGUACGAAAUUGCAAUUAAGUGGGUAAAUGUUAUGUUUGGUGCCAUAGAACAGGCUUUAAUGUAUCUCCUCACAACAGGUACAAGGCUAAAUACGCCCACGUGGCGAAAACGUGUAGCCAACCACUAGCAAGUCCCGUUAGCCCCUUCCAACCAGGUAAUUACUACCGAUAUUGGGCUCUUUCGUGCACUAAUCAACUAAUUACAGUUCUUGCAUGCACGGUGGACGACUCUGUAAGUGCCAGAGGAAUCUGUGCGACAGACAUUCCCUGUUUGGGAUCACACUCACACGACAGGUAACUCCACGCAACUGCUAAAUGAGCUUAUAUGAACCUGUACUCAAGUGCAUAUUGUCCACAGCUAAAUAUCCAUACAACAACGUAGGCAGCGCGUAAGUUCGGGAUUGAACGAACGAUUCGACCAUUCGAACCAGAAGGCCUUCGAAAGGUGAAAUGACUGUCCAUAAUCCCCAGGAAGAGGGAACUAACCAAGCCCAACCUCAUUAGAGGGCCUUUUAUUUCUAGCCCCAAACGCUCCAACCGGUCCGGUAUCACGGAAGCUUCGCCUCAAGAGCUCGCCAUUCAAGCGUCAAAGAGCUACAAGAACGUCCUUCACUCGACUGGUGGGUUCCUGGAAUUCCGUCUCGACCGAUCGUCUGAUUGCGAGAAACGUCUCCAAGAAGGACAUCAUCUGAAGCCUGGGCACGAUUCGUAGCGGUUUAUCCCCGAAUCGCUGUGGCACUCCACCGUACAAUAGUGCGACGAUCGAGGCAACCAACGUGCGACAAUCUAUUUCGCAUCGGUGUGACACAAGCGAUAAAGUGCAUCUAAGUGCGACAGACGAGGCAGCACAGUGCGACAUCCAGAGCCUGCAACAAGUGCUACGUGACACAGGCGGUGUUGCGUCACAGUUCGAAGGCGACACGACAGGUCGAAUUGCAUCGAGUGUUGCGACCUGGUGCAUUGUAUCGCGCAACAGACAUCAGCUGCAGUUCAACAACGAGACCAACGGGGCCCCCACCGAAGAAGAACAUGUGAGAGAAAGUUUAUGUAUGUAUCACCUUAGCUUUAAGCAAAGUUGGCCAGUAUGAGUCAUUAUAUUUUUAUAAGCAGCAAAGAUUAGCCUUUUCACACUAGUUUAUUUUUGAGUCACGAUAUUUUGCCUUUUGAGUCCAUCGGCUGCUAGCACACCUCCAACAACCAAGAAAGUGGCUAGCCGGCUUGAAAAGUUUGAAUUAAGAGGUGUGAUGCCACUCGAUAGACAUCUUCCUGUUUAGUUGGCUCCUCUUAGCAUCAAAAGCAUUCCCCGUAAAAUCAUAGCGUUUCAUGUUUCCUUUGACGGAUUCCUGUAAGCAAAAGGAAUUUGGUCACAUUGGCGCCCAGACUAAAAAACCCACUUCGCGUUUCGUUAUAACUCGCGUAACGGUUCUGUCAAGUGAGUGAUCAGUGAGUGAAGACGUGCAACAUCAGUUAUUAGUGAAAGUGAAAUUCAGAAAUGGAUCUGAACCAGCUGACGCCGGAGGAGAUAGAUUUCGAGCUCCUGUUACGAAACACGACGGGAAUUCGAGGAAAGAAUUUGGAAUGGAAGAUUUCGCGACUGCAACAGCUGCUGGACAGUGAGCAGGAUGGAUCACCGGUACCAAGGUACUCAUCGCAUGUGGUUUCGGACAUGGACAGCAUUUACCACUGCCAAACAACAAUUUCGCCGAUUUUCCACGCUCUCAAUGCAGCUUUCAAGCAGCAAAAUGAAGCGCAGGUGACUUCCUUGCGAUCGAGACUGCUGCACUACAAAUUCAGGCUCUCGCUUAUAACAGAAGCCACGAUUAUGGACGAAGCCAAAAAAUCGUUGACAAAGAUUUGCAACGCUCUGCACCAAAUUGACGAGUUCCUGAGCGACAAAAACAUAGAACACCAGAGCGACACAAAGGACCCGGAAGAUCUUCCAAGCGACCCGGAGACACUGAAGCGGCUAAAGAUCGCACAGCUGCAAUCGAGCAUCGACGAGGCAGAUAAGCAGCAAAAGGUGUUACAACAAGAGCUUCAACGAACGAUACAGGAUGGGCAGAUUCCUCAGCGAUCACCAGAUCAGGACAACGUGUUUUCGACGCUGCAGCAACAACAACAAUCUCACAUGCGACAACAGAACCCGAAUCCAACAAAAUCACAGCAGCAACACGGUUUGACUCAGCAAUAUUCGCAAGAGGUUCUCGAUCCGCUUCAGCAUCCACCACUCUCAGGACAGCAUCAACAGCAGCAAACAGAACAAUCACAACAGCGAGGUUUCCAACCAGAGCAGCGCCUACAUUUGUUGCUGAAUCAAAUGCAGUUGCAGCAACAACAACUGGAACAACAGCUGCGGCAGGAGCAGCAGAGGCGGCAGCAACUGGAAUGGCAGUUACAACACCAACAGCACCAACAAAGCGUGGCAGCAGUGCAACAGCAGGCGAACUAUGCGCCAAACUAUACCUAUGGAUCCAUUUCGGGAUACUGGGGUCCUCAAAACCAGAGAGAAUCUGGAAUAGCCCAGGAACCACAACGAAGUGGCCUUACUCCACCGGUAGGAGUUCCGUCCAGACCCAACACACCCAGAUCAUCCAAUCAACUGGUAAAUUCUAAUCGAUUCUCACAACCAGUGCACAAAUGGCCCUUUGAAUACGCCGGCGAGAACAACAUCGUGAAGUUAGGAGAGUUCCUAAAUCAAGUGAAUACUUACGCGGUGACAGAGGGCAUGGAUGAUCAAGCCUUGCUUCGUUCGAUCAAGCAUUUGCUGAAGGGCCGUGCUCUUCAAUGGUACACACGGUCAUACCUCGACCUUACGACAUGGGAAAUCUUUAAGGCUGAAAUCAAACAAGAGUUUCUGCCUCCCAACUACUCAGAGAUUGUAAAACAGGAUCUGUACUUACGCUUCCAAGGUCCAAUCGAACCCUUCACGAGCUUUUAUAGAGAUCUGGUAGCGGCGUUUGAGAUCAUAAAUCCUCCGAUAACCGAAUCUGAGAAACUGUUUAUUUUGAAAUCCCAUCUUAACUCAGACUUUUCUCCAAUCGCGGCUGCGUCUCGCUCUGGUAAUGUUCGGGAUCUAGUGUCAGUCUGCAAGGACUUUGAGGUUUCUCGGUCAUACGCAAUACGGGGACGAGCCUCUACAACGGCACGAACUUCAGGACCGCGACAAGAAUCCUCAGCAUUCCAACGACCAACAACUAAUCGAAUAGACAACACAAAUCGCUUCCCGAUGAAUAGACAGCAGUUCGGGACAGCACAACAAAUCAACAUGAUGGAACUAUACCAGGAAAACGAGGAGGAGCUGAAUUUAGAGAACAUCAGAGAGCGAGAGGCAUUUCAACAAGACAUAGCUCUUCGAAAUGAGAUGUCAUUGAAUGUGGUCAACGAAGUGAACGCAAUUCGAACACAAAACAACUGGAGAGCAAGGCCAGCGGACAACGCUUUAGAAGUUCCUUUACGAGAAAGCGGCAACAGAGACUUGGCAACGGCAGUCGUUUGCUGGCAAUGUGAGAAUCCUGGACACACCUACAUGAGAUGUCCAAACCCGAAACGUUACUUCUUCUGUUACAGCUGUGGGAGAAAGGGUUGUACCACACGCAACUGUGAUGCCUGCAUUCUACGCUUGAGGCAGCUAGAGACACAAAACGCCCCUCAGGUUCCGGGAAACCGAAACUGGGAGAACCCGCAGUAAAGGGUGUGG